AAAUAAUACAAAAAGAUUUCAAGUCCAAUCUAACGCUUACAUUAGUAUGGUAAAGAUGCUUAGAAUAAUAUCAGUAUUUUGUGUUUGUCUGUUUGCAGCUGCUUCAGCAGUGCCUGCCAACCUGAUCCUUCGCAAGUUGGAUCCUGCACUUCGUUAUCAACAUGAACGGGACUCCAUUGGGCAAUACCACUUGGUGGACACAUGGAUGACCUUGAGUGAUCUCGCCGAAGUAGCCAGAUACAACCCUGUCACCGACAAUGUUUACCAUCUUUUUACCAGGGAGAACCCCACCGUAAGCCAGCCCAUGUACGUGAACAGCGCCGGUCUCCUCCAAGGCAGUAACUAUAGCAACGGAAGACGGACAAUCGUCAUCAUCCACGGCUGGAGAGAUGGGCCCAUCUCAGACUCUGUGGUCGCUUUAAUCCCAGCAUUCCUGGCUGCUGAGGACCUCAAUGUCUUCGUCGUGGACUGGACUGCUGCAUCUAACUCAAUCAACUACCCUGCGGUACUCUCCAACACCAUUACAUCCGGUCUAGCCGUCGGCCAAUUCAUCAACUGGGUCAAUCAGGUCACUGGCAGCAAUGCUGUGCAGUACCACAUCGUCGGACAUGGCCUUGGAGGGCACCAAGCUGGUAUUGCUGCUAGGAAUGUCAAUGGAGAAGUCGCUUACGUUACUGGCCUGGACCCCUCUCUUGUCGGAUGGAUCAACCACAGCGACCGUUUUGGCCCAGACGAUGGUUCCUACACUGAAGUGAUCCAUACUAAUUGCGGAGUCAAUGGUUACAUCGCAGAUCUAGCCCAAGUGGACUUCUAUCCUAACGGUGGUGAAUCCAUGCCCGGAUGUGACUCCCACGCGUGCGACCAUUCGAGGAGCUACUUCUACUUUGCUGAAUCCAUCACUUCUGGAGGAUUUACUGGAAGACAAUGCGUCAAUUACUUAGCUGCAGUCCUUCAGACUUGUAACGUCCUACCUGGCACUCUUCAGAUGGGUGGCUUGAGGCCUAAGUUUGGAAGUUCUGGAGUGUAUUUAGUUUGGACUAAUGCGUCACCACCUUUCUCCAUGGACUAGUAGUAACAUGGAUUUCUUAAAUCGUCGGCAGUUCUAAAAAUAUAUCCAUAGAUAUUUUUUUGACACUGCAAGUUAAAUAAGAUUUUUACAAAAAUGAAGAACAUCAUGUCCAUGCAGUAAACCGUUGAGGAGUUCCCACGU